GCAAAACAUUAGGGAAGCGUUUCGUUCAUUAUCUUUGGGCCAAACAUUCUUACGGCGAAUCUACGAGAGGAUCAAACUUCCAUGUGUUCCCAUUUAUGGCGGAUUUCCGGUUAAACUCACAACUAUUAUCGGGAAACCCAUUCCAUACGACCCCUCCAUAACACCCGAAGAGUUGGUCGAAAAGACAUCUCUGGCCAUUGAGGAUCUGAUCCGCAAGAAUCAAAGAGUUCCCGGAAGUAUUCUGAAGGCAAUGAUCGAUAGAUUUUAUAGUUAUCCAAAAGAAAAGUGUAUUUAAAUGACACAUAUAAUGAGUGUUCCGAACAAUUAUC